AUGGAUGAUACUGUAAAAACAAUAAGGAGGUAGGCAGUUACAUUCAUAGAUGCAUUGUAAAAUACUGGUGGGUUUAUGAGUGUCCUAUUCGUUAUUACUCUCAAUCUUAUAAGUUACCUUUAAAGAACAAUUUACUACACUUCAUUAGUCAAAAGUCUCUAUCAAUACCAAAGUGAGCAAAAUAAAGCUUCAGAAAAUUUAGGGAACUUGAGACAAGCAAAAGAAUUGGCCUGCUAAAAAAGUUUAAAUUAGCAAAAUAAUAUCAUCGAAGACUCUCCAUAGAAUACAUAACUGUUGACCUCUGAUAAAGAUAAUAUGUUUUAUGUCAAUAGAGUUUAAAGAAUAAUCGCUUAGUUUAAAAGCAGGCUUAAACUUAAAUAUUCAAUAAGAGAUGCCAUUCAUGCUUGCUUACGCAAAAAAGGGUGUAUUAAAAAAUAUGACAGAUUAUAGUAAGCGAGGGAGAUCCUUUUCAGAAAUGGCACAAUGAAAAUCAGCAAAGAGCUUGACAUCAGACAUAUUGUUAAAGAAUUAAGAACUGUUAAAUUUAUCUAGAAAGUACUAUUGACAAAAUAUUAAAGAGUAAUGAUACCUUAUUUCAAAGGAAACUUAUUAAAUGAAGUUGCUAGUUCACAAGAAAAUAAAAAUUCAAAAGCUUAAGAUAUUAAGUUAGCUGAGUUUUUAAAACAAGCAUUAAUGUAGACUCACUAAAAUGCAUUUGAUAAAAGAUUAAUAAAAUCAAUUGAGCUAACCAAAGAGGAAUAAUACUAGCUUUAGGAAGUUUUCAAUACUAAGAGCAUAGAUAUAUAAAGGAGCAAGAACUAAAGGAAUAUUAGAAAAAAGAAUAUUUCUCAAAGCAUUGAAAUAGAAAUUAGAAAUUAAUACAAGAAUUAAGAAUUCAACAUUGAUCCAGAUGAGGUUGAAUCAGGUAUAAUUUCUCAUCGUGAAUAAACAUAAGGAAAUUAAAAAGGUAAUACCGCUGUUCACUAGAUCGAUAUUAGCAUUCCAGAUUUCUCUCCAAUUUCAAUAUCGAAUAAGAGUGCUAUUGAUCAAAAGAAUUUAGUCUAGCCAAAAUAUCUUUAAAAUAUUUGA